CUGAUACAACCCGAUUCAUUCCGGUAUGUUGAAUUUAUUCCGGUAUGUUCAACCGGCAGUUGUGGGAAUGUUAAUUUGCUCGCAAUGUUGCUGCCGACUAAUAUCCCACUUGCUCUCGAAUAAACGAAAGCGAAUUGCGCCAAUCGUUGAAAAUACUUUUGCCGUGCCGAUUAGUGUCAAAUGUUUUUCAGAAAUCUUCUUUUUUCCUUUCUCAAAAACAUUUCAAUAAUUCUGAAUACUUCAAUUCGGGGAGCAACCAUAACAAUAGAAAUAUGGAGUCGAUGAAGAUGCGCGGCGCACCAAAAAUUCCGGUGGCAAAGCAGAGCUCAACUGCAAGCGCUAAGAAAUCGUCGGUGGAUAAAAAAUUAACCGAAGAAGAGAAUAAAACAAUUAGUGAACUUAAAAAACUUUACUUGGAAACUAUAAAGCUCGACGUGGAUUUGCAGCAGGAAAUUUAUAAUAUGGAAAAAUCCUUUGAGGCAAAGCACAAAGCAAUUUUCGAAAAGCGCUACAACAUUCUCGAAGACUUUCGAAAAAAGUCCCAUGGCGACUCAUCUAGUGAGAGUAAUAUAUCAAAUUUUUGGCUGCGUGUGUUAAAAGCAUCAUACACGGAAUUCAUAAGCAAAAAAGAUGAAAAAAUACUAACGUAUCUCACCGACAUACGUUCAAAACUGUGUAACGAACCAACGGUUAAGUUUAUCAUUGAAUUUCAUUUCGAACCAAAUGAGUUUUUUUCAAAUCGUAUUCUGACCAAAACAUACUUUUUAAAUUGUUUACCCAAUGUGGACGACCCGCUUUCAUAUGAUGGUGCUGAAAUUUAUAAAUGUGAGGGCUGUAAAAUUGACUGGAAGCAAAAUUAUAACGAACAGGAUAAAAAAGCUUACACUUCGUUUUUUGACUUCUUCAAUCCUCCGAAACUACCAGAUGACACAGAAGAUCCUAAUUAUUGCGAUAUAAAUGCAAUUUUACAAAAUGAUUUUGAGCUCGGUUUCUACCUCAAGGAACGUGUCAUCCCAAAGGCUGUUAUGUUUUUCACAGGUGAAAUUGCCGAUUGCCAAAGCUCGGACUCGGAGUCCGAGGAGACAGAUGAUGAUGACGACGAUGAUGAUGUCUCCUCCACCAAUGAUGUCAAUGACGAGUGAACUUAA